CUGACCCAUGGAGCUUUUCUGGGAAUUACAAUUAUAAAAUGUCAGUUUCAACAUAUACCAUGAACAAAGCCAUGCUAAUUAUCCUGGUCUGGAGUCUCUGUCAUCUAGUAGCUCUGGAAGGACAGCCAAUUAGCAAGAGGUCCAUCAGUGAAGUCCAGCUGAUGCACAAUGUUGGAGAACAUAAGCAAGUGGUUGAAAGACAGGACUGGCUCCAAGUAAAGCUGAAGACUAUAAUCAUACCUUCUAUUAAUGAGUCACAAAAAGGACAAAAAGGAAAAAGCAGGACACAUUCUUCAGAUUUGAAUGCAUGGAACAGUCCGAUCAGGAUCUCAAGUUAACAUUGGAAACUUUGUUAUCCAUGUGUUUUGUCUUACUUAGAUUUGGAACGGAUAUGUUUAAGAGUAUUUAAAUGUCUCUACAGAAAAAGAUACAUUGCCCCAUUGCUGAUAAAGUGCACUAAU